GCUCCGCCCCGCUGUGCUGCCUGCUCCCUGCGCCCCGCUCUCGCCCGCCUGCCUGCCCCAGAGCUGCUGCGCUACGGCGGAAGGCGGAGGUGCUUUGCCUGUCCUUCAGGUAUCUGAAGAAAUAGCCUGAAGAUGAACUUCUUCCUGGAAACAUUAAAAUGUAUUGUACUUCUUGUUUACUACUUGCUGGAAUCACUGGUGUUCUUGGUUGUUCCUGGACGGAAGAAGAAUGUUAGUGGUGAAAUCGUAUUAAUAACAGGAGCAGGAAGUGGCAUUGGAAGACUCUUAGCGUUGAAGUUUGCCAGCCUUGGCGCCACGGUGGUCCUCUGGGAUAUUAAUCAAGAGGGGCUCAACUGCACAGUUAGACUGGCCAGAGAAAAAGGAGCAGGAAGAGUACACUCCUAUGUCUGUGACUGUAGCAAAAGACAGGAUGUCUACAGACUAGCUGACCAGGUUAAAAAAGAAGUUGGUGAUGUCAGCAUCUUGAUCAACAAUGCUGGUAUUGUAAUUGGGAAGAGAUUUCUUGAUUCUCCAGAUUCACUCGUAGAAAAAACCAUGGAAGUGAACACAAUGGCACACUUCUGGACUUACAAAGCCUUCCUCCCAGCAAUGAUUGCCGCUAACCAUGGACACUUGGUUAGCAUAGCAAGCGGUGCAGGACUGUGUGGAACCAGUCAGGCUUCAGAUUACUGUGCAAGUAAAUUUGCAGCAGUUGGUUUUGCAGAGUCAGUUGAUACGGAGAUGAGAGCUCUGAGAAAGACUGGUGUUAAAACAACAAUUGUGUGUCCUUAUGUCAUAAACACGGGAAUGUUUGAUGGUGUUAAAUCCAAGUGGCCACAUGUGCUUCCUGUUCUGGAGCCAGAGUAUGUGGCCGAGAGGAUAAUCAGUGCUGUUCGGCAGAACCAAGAAGUCUUGUUUAUACCACGCAUCACCUAUGUUUUCUAUUUUUUGAAAAGUUUCCUACCAGUGAAAGUGACUGUUCUUCUUUUAGACUACUUUGGACUCCUUGAUCUCAUGAAUACCUUCAAAGGUCGACCAAAGAAGGAGUGAAAAAGCACAAAAUUCAGACACCAGCAGCUCUAAAGUGGAUGUUGAAGUUAGUUAGAGGUGGUGGUGGGAAAAGUUUGCUUCACUAGCAGCUGUGAACUUUGGGUGCCUCAUUUCUCAAUAGUAACAAGACUUUUAAGAGUUGCUUUUUAACUGGCUCUUAAUCAACAGCUUUCAUCUGAACUAUUGUUUUUAGUCCAGCAAAUUGUUUUAUUUUCACCUCAUUAUGAAAUAUAUUAAUUGAAUUUAGUUGCUUUGGUUUAUAAUGCCUUAAAUAGGAUCAUGCAUCACAAACCAAUAAUUGGCAACUUUGGGGGGAAGAAAAGACCAAGAAACCACAUGUAUUUAGCAUGUAGCCAGAAAAGCCUGUAGUGGAUCUGACUUCUUGCUGCCAUUCAGUGAGCCGUGAGGAUGGGCUGUACUGCUGGUGCCACUACCAUUCCCUGGUAAGCUGAGGAAUUCAAGAAUUUCCUCACACAACAGAUUCUAACCCAUACAAAUGAAAGUUUUGUGAGAUAAAAAUAUACACUGUGUUGGUGAAAAAAAUAAUUACAUUAUUUUUUGGAGGUGUGAUCUCUCAACUCACAGAUGGCAAUGGAUGUUGGAGCAGGGACAGGGAAGGAUAUGUAAAUGAAGCAUUUGUACUGCUAAUCUAUUUUGUGCCUAAUUUAUUUUAAAAGCUAAUACUAUGACUGCAACUUUGUAACAGAAGUCUUUGUAUCUUUUAAGUACAGUAUUUUAAGAGCUAUUUUAAAUUGUCAUUUCCUAAGAAGUAUAAACUUGUAUUUAUAAAGCAUGAGACUGCCAGUCUAGGUGGGCUAUUCAAUGUCUCAUCAAAAGAGACAACGAACUACUAAAACCAAGGUUGUUGUGUUGUAUAAGUGGGGUUUCUCUUGGGGUUAUUUCAGAAAGGAAUGAUGUUGACAGAACUGAAUGGUAUCAUUGCAGCCAUCCUUUGAGUAGCAGCAUAAUGUUUUGCUUCUCUGAGUUGGGUGACAGGUUGCCUUGUGUCUACAGAGACUUGUUUUACUUUUCCUUUACUCUUAGGACUGUUUUCAUUUUCAGCAUAUGCCAAGGAGGCGUUGUCCUUUUUGACAAUGGAUGCUUAGAAAGCUACCUUGACCUUUUGUAAUCCAAAACAAGAAAAAGGAAGCUUACGUGUACAUCACUUCUGUACAUGCUAAGUCAACUUCAUCUCACACUUCUCUGCUAGCAAUUGCUAUAGCAAUUGAAACAGUAUGGAAAAAAGGAGGACUUUUUUAAUGGGGAGUCUUUUUUUCUUUCAAUGAUGGCCUAGAAACUACCUUAAUUUCCCUUGUCUAUACAAAUAGUAAGGUUUGUUAGCAGAGAAAGGUUAACAUAGAACUACUUUACUACUGAUGAGCAAGAAACACUGAGUAAAACAGGUGUGUUAAAAAUCACCUUACCUUUACAAUGGAUUGCUGAGAACUAGAAUUCAGACUGAUGAAGAAGAGAUUUGUUUCAAUCUCCUUUCAGAUCUUUUGCUUUUCUUCCUCAAAAUGUUUACUCAUUUUACAAUACACCUCAGGAAACAGAAGUUAACCAAGUAAAAAAAAGAUUGAGACAAUGUGCAGACCUUACACACAUUGCAGUGUUCACAAAUUCUACCACUAAUAACUAUGUGCUGUAUCUGUGUCUUCAGCCUCCUCACAUUUUUAUACUAACAGAACAUGCUUUUCCCUCCUGGCUAUGAAGUACUAAAUAUGCAGAGUUCUGGAGCAAAGGGAAAAAGUGAGCUCUGCAUAUGAACACUCUGAGUAUCAAACUCCAGCUUGAGAGCAAGUAGCUUUUCGUUUUUAGUGUCUUUGUGAACACCUUCUGCUGAGGAAAAUUAGAAGCAGUAGGUCUGGCAGUAGGAUUUGGGGAUUUUCAGCAGGUUCAUGUUUGUCACAGCCCUUGUUUGUCACAGUUUGUCACAGGAGGGUUUUACCUGAUAAUCUGUGCCAGAUAAAUGCUUCUCCAAGAAAUUUUCCUACUUCACACAAUCAGUGGAAAGUAUCUGUGCUCAAUUAAGUUUUGUAUAUCUCUAAGAUUAGAAACUCUACGACCUCUCUGGAUAACCUCUUCUAGUGUUUGUUCAUGCUCUCUUUAAAAAUAGAUAAAUGAAAAUUAUGUGUAAAUUGAAUGUACUUUAUUUCAUGUCCUUUCAGAGGAUACCAGUAAGAGUCUUGAGUUUCACACCUUCCUUUUAGGUACUUAUACACAUUGGGGCUCAGCCUUUUCUCAAGACUAAGCAGUCCCAGAAAUCUCAACCUCUCCUUGUAUGGCAGGUGCUCCAGUAUCUUAAUUAUCUUUGCAGCCCUUCACUGGACUCACUGAGUAUAUGCAAAAACUAGUUUUGAGUAUAUUCAUAUCUCUUAGAGACCAAUUUCUGUACUAGGCUGAGCAUGCAUAAUAUGUCAUACAGAGCUUCAGGAGAAAAUCUCUGCCUGCUAGCUGUCCUAGUAGGAGUAUACACAUAAUGGCUUUUAUAUAAAUAUGGUGCUACCACAUUAAACAUUGUGAUCACUGGUAAAUUACAUCAUGUACCUGGAGGAUAACAACCUAUCCUGUGGUGGUUUUUAUCUCGCCCAUCUCCUAUGAUGGCAAGACAGAUGUGGAGUUGUAUCCAGGAGGUCAAACAGCACACAUCCUUCCCCUAUGUUCAGGAGGUUGCUUGGAGUGGGUGUUUGGAUCUUCAAUUGAGAUAUAAAUGUCUUAAGAUAAAAGGUGGCUUACUUCCAGCAUAACAAUGAUCUUGACUGAUUACUUUCCUGAUGCCAGAGUCUUUCCUUCUGCUCUCGGCAAGAAAACUCAUGGAAAGAUCACUGUGACAGCCAAACAAGAAGAUAAAACUUGAAAAGGAAGAGCAUUUCAUUUGUGACAGCGUAAUGUCUGACUGCUGGACGAUAUAUCAGGCAGCUCCCACAAAAAACUUAUUGGUUUCAUGGCCUGAAAUUUUAAAUAGUCCCUCCGCAAAAAUGACUGUCCCAAAUUUGACUGGGAUGGCUGCAUUAGCCUAAUAAUAAUGGUUAUGGUGAUUCAAAAGCAAUCCAUGGUAUUUUAUUGCAUGCUGUAUUUCUUUUCCAUGUGAGAUCAUAUUCCUGUGGUAGCAGAAAUCUUUCUGUCCCCUAAUACUUCAAAACAUGGAGAACAUAGUGCCAAGAAAAAUUAACUUGAUUAAAUCCUCUGAACAAGAUUGAGAAGGGAGACAAACAAAAAAACAGCAGCUGAGAUACAAGCUCCAUUAUUAUUUUAUGAAUUCAGAAUUCAUACCCAGGAGCUAUGUGCACCUGCUUGGAAUCUGGUGUUCAUGGUGGUCUGGUUUCAUUUUAGGAAGGAGCCAAGCAGAUACCUCUUCUCUGGUAACUUUCUUCAGGGCAGUUGAUCUUCCAAAGACACCAGUGUGGACUGCAUAGUUUGCUAAGCAGCUGUUCAAAGCCAUAGGCUUUGUAAAAUAAGCAUUUCAACAAAAUAACUUAGCUUCUCUCACUGUUUUUUUCUUUGCUGUGACAAUCAAGAGAAAUUAUUUUGGAUCCACAGUUACCAGAUAUUCUAGGAAAAUGCAGGAUUACUGUCUCUCAGGUGACACUUAAAAAUGUGUUAUCAAUGCCUCAGUAGGUGGGGUAGCACUACAAGCAGGGACUUCUGUGCACUCACUGCAUGACACACUUUCUCUCUAGUCUUAGGUGUCUCCAGCUUGAUUAUAUUUUCUCUGCCUUUCAAAGCUUCCAAGCUAACAGCCUGAACUUCUGUGAUAGCCUGUGGCCUAUGGCUGAGGAAAACAUGGCUCUGCCUAGAGAAGAGAAGAGGAAAAAAAAAUUACACCUUCUUCCUUUGCCCUUGGCAAUAUCACACUAGGAGGAGCACCCUCAGGAUUGCUACAGAGCUAUUGAAGACAAAGGUGUGACAAGGAUAGAAGUUCUAUGCCAUGGUGCUCUGUGUUGUUGCAUCUGCUGGGUAGUUACUGCUUGAUUUAAACAAACAUUGAUUCUUGGUACAGAAAUUGCUUGGUUCUGUGUUGAGAAAUUUCACCCCUUAUCCAAGGUCAGGCAUAACCACAUCUAAGGAAACAUUCUUCUGCAGGACUUGUAGUGGAGUAGUCUUCCAUAAUCCCUGCCCAGGAAGGAAGGACCCUAAGAUAUAUUGUUACACUUUUGCCUCUCCAUGUCUUGGGGUCCAGAGGCAGCAACCCCUGCUUUGGCACAGAAAGAAGAAUCAACGGAGCCAGAGCACGAGCAGCAGCAGCAACCCUGUCAACACAUGCAGCCAACAACAAUUAAAGAGGUUCUAGCUGAACAAGUUUGGCCUGUUGGUACCAUAAACUUCAUGCCUAGAAGGUGCCGUUUUCUAGGCUACCAGUUCCCCUGGGCAGGUAUCUGCAUCACCUCUAUUAACUGUAUUGCUGUGAAGGCAGCUUGCUCAGAGAUCAAUGCAAGGUGAUACAUGAUAGCUGAGGAAUCUGUUGAGCACACGGUAUUUAAUGUUUGUUCCCCAGAAAUGGGAAUUCUUGUUGGAAGGUUAACAUGGAAGGUCUUCUCUAUAUUCUAGAAAACACACUUUGCAUUAUUUAUUGUCUGCAUAUUUCUGUCAUGAUAAUGAUGAUUAACCCUGAAGCACACUCAAGCAAUUCACCAUGCACAGCUAAUAAAGUUGCAAAACUGA